AUGAGAAAUGCGGGCUCCGACUCUGAGCAGGACCGUCUACUAGAAGAAGCAUCAGCUGUUGUUAAGGAGCAGGCAUGGCUGAUGAAGCAGUCGAUCGCCAAUAACAACAUGCGAGAGACGUUGAAGCAUGCGUCCAACAUGAUAUGUGAACUAAGGACGGGCACACUGGAGCCUAAGACCUACUACGAGCUCUAUAUGCAGGUUUUUACUGAUUUACAAUCGUUGGCGUUGUAUUUCCAAGAAACUCAGAGGCAUGGUAUGAAAUUGUCCGCUCUCUACGAGUCAGUCCAGCAUGCAGGUAAUAUCAUACCACGAUUGUAUUUACUGAUAACCGUGGGAGCGGGUUUUAUACAAAGCAAGGACGCCCCUGCCAAGGAGAUACUCACCGAUCUCACUGAACUUUGCAAGGGAGUUCAGCAUCCCAUAAGAGGUUUAUUCCUACGAUACUAUUUAUCGCAGUGCUGCAAGGAUAAAUUACCAGAUACUGGCUCAGCGUAUGAAGGAAUCGAAGGAGGCAAUGUGUACGACGCUAUUGAUUUCAUACUCAACAACUUCACGGAGGCCAACCAACUGUGGAUAAGACUCAAUCAUCAGGGUAGUCUACGAGACCGGGCAAGGCGAGAAAGGGAGCGACACGACCUUCGUGUUCUUGUGGGCAACAACCUCAUUAGAUUGAGCCAGCUCGAUGGCAUGGAUAAGAAUGUAUAUGCUGUGAAGCAAAUUCACAUAGAUGCCUCGGAUGCUACAGAGGCUGCCAGCGACCAGUGCAACUUGGCGAAGAUAUGUCAUCUCAUUAGAGAGAGCGACGCUAAUACUGAUCUCGAGUUGCAGCUCCUCAGUGUUAUGCGGCAACACUUGGGGCAUGGCAGUCCAGCUAAAUUGACGGUUACGCUAGUACCCGUAGUAUACCGCGCGAUGAAGUUAGCACCGAAGGUGAGGACCCUCGAACUGCAGCACACAAGGCUCUUCAACAGCACUAAGAAGGCUUUCCAAUUCAUUUAUAAGACUUUGGACGCAUAUGGUUCUCAUUGUCUACUGGGUGGAGGCCCUACAGCGGCUAUGCAGACUGUGAAGAUGUGGUUAGAUGCGGCAGCGGUUGCUGGUUAUGUCGAAGUGAAUCUCUACGGUGAGGGGGCGUUCGAGUCCAUUUGCUGUGAGUUCAUUAACCGUGCUUUGGCUACUUAUGAGGACGACAUCACUGAGUCCCCAAAACAGAGUGCAUGCAUACCACUUUUCGUUGGAGCUCUCCUCGGACCAGCUGGGCAGGCCCUCACUCCUGAGGACUACGAAAUGACCUCGACUACGAUAACACAACACGCGGCGAAGCUCCUACAGCAAUCUGAGCAGUGCAGACAAAUUCUUUGCUGUGCGGAUAUGUUUUGGAAUCCUGUUCUCCCUCGAGAUCGAUGGGACCCUCGACGAGUCCUCGAGUGUCUACAGCGAUGCUUAAAGAUUGCUGAGAGGAUUCUGGAAAGUGGACUCGGCAACGACUCGAGUCGGAACGAUGUUGAUAAAAUGGAUAUCUCGGAGACUACGGCGGUGUCGCUGUUCGUUGACGUUCUCGACCGCUAUGUUUUCUACUUCAACAAGGGCAACGAUCAGGUUCUACCAUCGCACAUUAGCAGUUUGAUCGCCCUUUGCGAGGAGCACGUGAAAUUCGCGCUUGAAUCUGCUAAUCCUAACAGUACCGCUUCCGGAGCCAAAAACCCCCUCCUCGACAAUUCGAUGAACAACACUUCAUCAGCAUCGUCGGUAUCGGGUAUUCUUGCGGUGAAGGCCCACUUGGCUGCUACUAUUGCGUAUGUGAAGAAGUUGAAGGAGGACCCCGACUAUCGAGAAAAGUAA